UCUAUUAGAAGCUCUGAAGUCUAAAGAAACAAAUGGAAAAUGAAUCUGGAGUCAGCGAAUUCCUUUUGCAUGGAUUCCCUGAUACAGAGGAGCUAUGGAUGGUCCACACUGUUGUCUUUUUAAUAAUUUAUUUAGUAGCCCUCAUUGAAAAUCUCAUCAUCAUCACUGUUAUUGUCUAUAGUCAUCAGCUCCAUUCACCCAUGUAUUUUUUUCUAGUCAAUCUAUCCUUGCAAGAUCUUGGCUCCAUCUCUGUCACAGUUCCCAAGUCCAUGGUGAAUUCCUUGAUGAACACAGAAGCCAUUUCUUACUCUGGAUGUCUUUGCCAGAUUUUUUUCCUUGUUUUCUUCAUGAUGUCUCACUUCUUUCUCCUCUGUGUAAUGGCCUAUGAUCGUUAUGUAGCCAUCUGCAGCCCACUGCAUUAUGAGACUAUAAUGAGUAAAAAAGCCAGCAUCCAAAUGGCAACCAGUGUUUGGAUCGGUGGGCUGUCUUAUUCAAUGCUCCAUACAGGAAAUUUGUUUACAAUGAAGUUCUGCUCUAGAAUCAUCAAUCAAUUCUUCUGUGAAAUUCCUCAGCUGCUCAAGAUCUCUUGCUCUGCCUCUUAUGUUGCAGAAGAGUGGGUACUCAUCUUGGGUUCUUGUUUAGCAUUCAUUCUUUUUGUUCUGAUUGUUUUUUCAUAUGUGAGGAUUUUUAAAGCAGUUUUGCAAAUCCCAUCCACACAAGGGAAGCAAAAGGCCUUCUCUACUUCUUUACCUCAUCUCCUAGUUAUUUGUCUGUUUUUGGUAAGUGGUACCUUUGCAUACCUGAAACCCAUAUCCAGCUUCCCAUCAGACAUCCUGAUUUCAACAUUUUACUGUGUGGUGCCACCAGUCUUGAAUCCAUUGAUCUAUAGUAUGAGGAACAAGGAACUCAAAAUGGCAUUCUCAAAGCUGAUCUUCAAGUUUUCUUCCAAUACCUAACAAAAUUUUCUCAAUUUUGUGUAUUCAAUAAAUGCUUUAAAUUAAUUCUUGAAUACAGCACUGGGCAGCUUACAACCAAUAAAUCUUAAUUUAGGUAAAAAAAUAUUAUUUUUUUCAGACCAGCAACUAGCAUUAAAUCUUUGUGAAACAACAUAAAAAAUACAAGUAUAGAAUGCUAACAUGUUAAAUUACAUAUUCCUGUUCCUUUAAAGGAGAAAUGUAUCCAUUCAUUAUGAUUUAUAUUACUUGUAUUUUAUUGCAGAAAUAAUAUAAAUAUAUAGAAUGGUAAUGUUCCUGUCUCUAUAUGGAUUUAUUUAAAUAUGAAUUUUUA